GCUGCCAAGAUGUUCCGAGGCACCUACUACGUGCUCCUGUACUGGGGGCUCGUAGGGGUGCUUCAUGCCCAGCAACAAGAGGUCAUUUCUCCCAGCAUCUCCGAGAGAGGCACUAACUGCCCAGAGAAGACCGACUGCCCCGUCAAUGUGUACUUCGUGCUGGACACCUCGGAGAGCGUCACCAUGCAGUCACCCACUGACAGCCUUCUCACCCACAUGCAAGAAUUCGUGCCGGCUCUCAUUAGCCAGCUGCAGGACUCCUUCUACCUGGACCAGGUGGCCCUAAGCUGGCGCUAUGGUGGCCUGCACUUCUCUGACCAAGUGGAGGUGUUCAGCCCAGUGGGCAGCGAUCGUGCCUCCUUCACCAAAGCACUGCAGGGCAUCCGCUCCUUCCGCCGGGGCACCUUCACUGACUGCGCACUAGCCAACAUGACGCAGGAGGUGCGGCGGCUUGGCAACAAGGACGCAGUCAACUUCGCUGUGAUCAUCACUGAUGGCCACGUCACCGGCAGCCCCUGUGGGGGCAUCAAGCUGCAGGCUGAGCGGGCACGAGAGGCAGGCAUCAGGCUCUUCGCUGUGGCCCCCAACCCCAACCUGAAUGAGCAGGGUCUUCGGGACAUCGCCAGCACACCAUAUGAACUGUACCGCAGCAACUAUGCCACCAUGCUGCCUGGCACCACCGAAAUUGAUCAGGACACCAUCGACCGCAUCAUCAAAGUCAUGAAACACGAAGCUUAUGGCGAGUGUUACAAAGUGAGCUGCCUGGAGAUUCCUGGCCCUGCUGGCCCUAAGGGCUACCGAGGACAGAAGGGCGCCAAGGGCAACAUGGGUGAGCCAGGAGAACCUGGACAGAAGGGUCAUCAGGGAGAUCCUGGCAUCGAAGGCCCCAUUGGAUUCCCAGGACCCAAGGGUGUUCCUGGUUUCAAAGGAGAGAAGGGUGAAUUUGGAGCUGAUGGCCGGAAGGGAUCCUUAGGCCUGGCUGGCAAGAACGGGACCGAUGGACAGAAGGGCAAGCUGGGGCGCAUCGGGCCUCCUGGCUGCAAAGGUGACCCAGGGAACCGGGGCCCUGAUGGCUACCCAGGGGAUGCAGGCAACCCCGGGGAGCCAGGAGACCGAGGUGCCAAGGGGGACUCCGGCCGCCCAGGACGCAGAGGGCCCCCAGGAGACAGCGGAGCCAAAGGCAGCAAGGGAUAUCAAGGCAACAAUGGUGCCCCAGGGAGUCCCGGCGUGAAAGGAGGCCGGGGUGGGCCCGGGCCCCGAGGACCCAAAGGCGAGCCCGGACGCAGAGGAGACCCUGGAACCAAGGGCAGCCCUGGGAAUGAUGGACCCAAGGGGGAGAAGGGGGACCCUGGCCCGGAAGGGCCCCGGGGCCUAGCUGGAGAGGUUGGCAACAAAGGAGCCAAGGGAGAUCGUGGCCUGCCUGGACCCAGAGGCCCUCAAGGGGCUCUCGGGGAGCCAGGAAAGCAGGGAUCUCGGGGAGACCCUGGUGAUGCCGGGCCCCGUGGAGAGUCAGGACCCCCUGGCCCCAAGGGAGACCCUGGCAGGCCUGGAUUCAGCUACCCAGGACCCCGAGGAACACCUGGAGAAAAAGGGGAGCCUGGACCGCGUGGCCCCGAGGGAGGCAGAGGAGAUUUUGGCGUGAAAGGAGACCCUGGGCGCAAAGGAGAGAAGGGUGAGCCUGCAGAUCCUGGUCCCCCUGGUGAACCAGGUCCUCGGGGGCCAAAAGGAGUCCCAGGGCCCGAGGGUAUGCCUGGCCCCCCCGGAGACCCUGGUCUCACAGAGUGUGAUGUCAUGACCUACGUGAGGGAGACAUGCGGGUGCUGUGACUGUGAGAAGCGCUGUGGUGCCCUGGAUGUGGUAUUUGUCAUCGACAGCUCUGAGAGCAUCGGCUACACCAACUUCACUCUGGAGAAAAAUUUUGUCAUCAAUGUGGUCAACCGGCUGGGCGCCAUCGCCAAGGACCCCAAGUCAGAGACAGGCACACGUGUAGGCGUGGUGCAGUACAGUCACGAGGGCACUUUCGAGGCCAUCCAGCUAGAUGACAAGCGCAUCGACUCGCUGUCCAGCUUCAAAGAGGCUGUCAAGAACCUCGAGUGGAUCGCUGGCGGUACCUGGACACCUUCAGCCCUCAAGUUCACCUACGACAAGCUCAUCAAGGAGAGCCGGCGGCAGAAAACCCGCGUCUUCGCAGUGGUCAUCACAGAUGGGCGCCAUGACCCACGGGAUGAUGACCUGAACCUGCCAAUACUCUGCAGAAAUGAUGACGUCACAGUCACAGCCAUUGGCAUUGGUGACAUGUUCCAUGAGCAACAUGAAAGCGAGAACCUCAACUCCAUUACCUGCAACAAGCCCCAGCAGGUGCGCAACAUGACACUCUUCUCUGACCUGGUGGCUGAGAAGUUCAUCGAUGACAUGGAGGACAUCCUGUGCCCGGACCCCCAAAUUGUCUGCCCGGAACUGCCCUGCCAAACAGAACUGUACGUGGCCCAGUGCACACAGCGGCCCGUGGACAUCGUCUUCCUGCUGGAUGGCUCUGAGCGGCUGGGUGAGCAGAACUUCUUCAAAGCCCGGCGCUUCGUGGAGGAGGUGUCGCGGCGAUUGACGCUGGCGCGCCAGGACGACGACCCACUCAAUGCCCGCGUGGCGCUGCUACAGUACGGCAGCCCGCAAGAGCAGCAGGUGGCCUUCCCGCUGACUGCCAACCUGACAAUCAUCCACGAGGCACUGGAGCACGCACGCUACCUCAACUCCUUCUCGCACGUGGGCACCGGCGUUGUGCAAGCCAUCAACACGGUGGUGCGCAGUGCGCGGGGUGGGGCCCGGCGCCACGCUGAGCUCUCCUUCGUGUUCCUCACCGAUGGUGUCACGGGGAACGAGAGCCUGGAGGAAUCGGUGCACUCCAUGCGCAAGCACAACGUGGUGCCCACUGUGGUGGCCGUAGGCAACGAUGUGGACAUGGACGUGCUGUCCAAGAUCAGCCUGGGUGACACGUCUGCCAUCUUCCGUGAGAAGGACUACGACAGCUUAGUGCAGCCUAGCUUUUUUGACAGGUUCAUCCGCUGGAUCUGUUAGCCCCGCC